UAGCCAACUGUGUGGCGUUGGUCGGCCAACAAAUCUCUCCUUUCCUUUUCAGCCCCCAACGCAUUAAUGCAUCCAUGGAUGCGUUUCAAGAUCGGCCUAAAAAUCGCCAUGAACAAUUAACGAAUUGGAAUCGGGGAACUUGUGGCGCUUCCCUCUGACCUGCCCCCGAACUUAUUUUAAACGAAGGCUACACAGGAUCAUUGGCAGCGCCACAGCGUAGAUUGGCUAUCUGUUCUUCGAUGCGGGCUUAGACUUGGAGGCUGACUUCAUCUUUAAUUCUUUAGUCGACAUCGACAUCGACAUCGACCCCCCGCUGCGUGUGUGUUUAAUUUGCAAACUUGUCUUUUGUUUUGAGCAGUCUCAGAGGACCACGCGACUCUUACCACCCUCCUCCAAAUAUUGCUAUGCGAUUGCUGCACGAUGUCGCGUCGUGACGUCUGGAGUCCGCAGGGAUAUCACAGGCUCGACGAUGUGACAGAGCAGCACGCACUGCAACUACCCGCGCCCUCGAUAACGUCUUCGAAACCAUCGCUCUACGGAUCGAGUAUCUACACCAACGAUGAAGACACCAUGUACAUCCCUCUACGGGACAUUACAGCGCACGGUGACCAUGGAACUGAUAUGCUCGACUCCGGAUUGAAGCCGUCGUCGUCAACACCACAACCACCGAGCAGACAUGGACGAUUCAUGCGAUGGUGGAACCGGCAGUUUCUGGGCUGGCGGGCGGGCGCGAUGUCCUGUGCGGUAGGCAGUUCCGUUGUCUUUGUGGUCAAUCUUGUGGUGACGAUAUGGGCGACGGCGAAGUACGAUGUUGUGGAGGGCCGGUCUACGUUGUUCAAUGGGAGCUGCGACAAGAUGCGGCCGCUGAACACCUUUCUCCAUCUCCUCAUCAACAUUCUAAGCACUGUGCUCCUGAGCUCAAGUAACUACUGUAUGCAGUGUCUAUCUGCUCCAACGCGAGCUGAAAUAGACAGUGCGCAUGCAAAGGGAGUUUGGCUGGAUAUUGGAGUGCCAAGUUUUCGGAAUCUGCGACAUAUAAGCCCCCUUCGAACCAUUCUUUGGGUGGCUCUCGGCUUCUCAUCGUUACCAUUACAUCUAUUUUACAACUCUGCCGUGUACAGCUCCAUCGCCGCCAAUGAGUAUUCGAUAUACACAGUUUCGGAAGCAUUUUUGAACCCACCUGCAGACAAUCAAACCUGGGUGCUCGACCACGUAAAUCUCUAUGAAGCCGAUCUUUUGAACCUCCAUCGCAUGAUCAAGGAGGGUUCGCCGAAUGUUGAAGCAUUGAGUAGGGACGACUGUAUCAGAGCCUACGCCCAGGACUUUGUCACUAACCGCGCAUCCCUUAUCAUGCCCGCAACCGAUUAUAACUCCUCAACUGAGAUCGAAGUAAUCUGUCAUUCCUCCUCCGCAGUUGUUGGCGAGUACCAAGUAGAUCCCUACGGAUGGAUUUGCAACCAACAGAAUGUGCGGUAUUCCACCUGCUCCUCGUAUCCAGUGUAUGAUGAUCCUUGCCGAGACCGCAUUUCCGGGAUUUACACAAACUCCUCAGGCUGGCGGCCAUUCUACUACGAUAUCAACGAGUGCUACUCGGAAAAAACCAACGAGUACUGCAAAAUCCAAUUUUCCCUCAUACUUGCCAUUGUGGUCAUUAUCCUCAACGCUCUAAAAGCAUCAAUAAUGUUUUAUCUGGCUUACGGCGUCAAGGAGAAUCCGCUGAUGACCAUGGGAGACGGUGUUGCUUCGUUUCUAUCGUCAGAGGAUAUGUUCAGCAGAGACAUGUGUCUCACCUCCAAGACCGACAUCACCAACUCGAAAUACAUCUGGCAUACCGGUCCCCGGCGAUUCCAGCUGCUACACCGGCGCUGGUACACCGCAGCAUCCGUCAAACGCUGGAUCGCAUGCAUGUCGAUGUUUUCCUUUGCCUUUGCCCUCGUAACAUUCCUGUUCGAUUUCGGCCGCCGCGCCAUCACGGGCCCCAGCGACAUAGGCAGUCUCGCCAAACUCGGCCUCGGCGAAAUCAACCCGAUGACGAUGAUCAGCUGGGAGAUCCCCUCGUCGGGCGCCAGCGGUCUGCUCGCAAACGUGCUCGUCGCCAAUGCCGCCCAGCCCAUCCUCUCAUUCAUGUACUUCACCUACAACGGCCUGUUCACGUCCAUGUUCCUGAGCCAGGAGUGGAACUCGUACGCCCGCGUGCGCAAGAGUCUCCGUGUGUCGACCGUGCCCAGGGGCGCGCAGCGCGAUACGUAUUUUCUGCAACUGCCGUAUCGGAUUGCGCUGCCGUUGAUGGGAGCGUCGGGAUUCUUGCACUGGCUGGUUUCGCAGAGCAUUUUUCUGGUCAAUGUCGAGACGUAUUCGUAUGCCUCACAGCAGGUGUCAGGUGGGAAUACAACGAGUUCGCAGGACGCCUCGUCCGCGCAGCAGCUUCCCGUUGACAACUUUAUGAGCUGUGGAUACUCGCCCCUUGCUAUCGUGCUUGUUAUCUGUGCUACGGGCCUCUUGAUUGUUGGGAUACUGGCGGUCGGGGCGAAGAAGUUCAGAGUGGCGAUGCCGGUUGCUGCAAGCUGUAGUAUAGCUAUCGCGGCGGCGUGCCACCCAGAGAAGAACACAGACAGAAGGGAAGACUGGACGGGAGAGGUCAUGUGGGGCGUCAUGGGGAAGGGGCACCUGGGUUUCUCGAGUCGGGAAGUUGGAGUCCCUGUGGAAGGUGACAUGUAUGAAUAAUACCUUUUGUGUAGUACCAGCCAUGUUCGUCAAAUACCUUUGUAAGCCUAGGUUUGGGUUAUCUCAAUUAUCGCUUCGGUCUUGCGGAAAACUGUAAAGGUGUCUGCGGCACUUUUAAAUGCAUGGCGUUGGUGGAAGUAUUUGGUAAUAUCAUA